CAACAAAGCGCACAAAAUGGUUGUGCUCCAGGCCCGGGCGAAUAAGUAGGUUUACUAUAGCUUUAAGAACGAGAAAAUAGUGUCUGCUUCUUUAAAAUUAUAUCGGUUUAUUGCUGAAUAGAUAAUUAAGAAAAGUUUUCAAUUUCCAGUCAAUAAAUAUAUGUAUUUAAUUUGCGACGAAGCCAACAGAAAAUGCACCACUGUUGGAUAAAGGCCGCCUGCAGUCAAAACGUCUUUAAAGCAGAUGUGGACAGUUUUUCACCAAUUUGCAAGUAAACCUGCUUGACUUUAAGCGGUAUCUGAGGUAGGCUUUAGUGUCCUCACGGUGAUGGAACCAGCCGGCGACCGAGCCGGGGAUGUAAAUAAAGGAAAAGAGCCGACGGAGGACAAGGCCGCACAGCAGACCCCGGCCACCAGUGCGGCCAGCACACCGCGUCGGGCGCUCAGAGAGCGGGGAGCGGGCCGCCCUAGGUCCGGCGGCUCUGCUUCAGUGACGGACGUUAACGGAGCUGCGUCGAGCCCGCAGACCUCAGGACGGGUUUUAAGAGACAGGUCAACGAGGGCAGUACCGGCCUGGCUGAAGGACACCAAGAGCGACGACGACGAAGACGAACCGAGCCCGGACACCGGCGCGACCAAGCGGAGGAAAGUUUCCAACUCCAGGCGGAAGAAAAAUUCUGAAUCUGCGGGUUGUGCUGAGGCUGGAGGGGGACUCACGGGAGAGCAGGGAACGGAUUCAGAAGAGCCCAAGAAACCUGCCACAGAUGCACAAGCUCUUCCCUCCAGACGCCCUCCAGCCCAGACUCCUGCCAAGCCCCCAUCUGGCAGGGCUGUCCGCGGCUCUGCCAAGCCUGUGUGUAAGACCGAACCUGGAAUGGAGAAUCCAGCUGGAGCAGAAGUAGAGGUGAACAAUAAAGAAAAGUAUGAAAUUGAAAAGAAAGAGGAGGAAAGCGAGGAAGCCACUGAACCAAUCUUGGAUGAUGAAGACCCUCCAUUUAAUGAUGACCCAAAUGACCUCAACUAUCAGCCACAGAGUCAGAGCAGCAUAGAGGAGGAAGAGGCACUCAGCAGCGAUGAAGAUGUUCCCUUCAGAGAUGACUUAAAUGACCAGAGCUAUGACCCGAAGGCUGAAAGGGAUGUCCCCAAACCAAAGCGCAGAGCUCCUCCUAGACAGAAGGAGAAGAAAGAAAAAGAGAAAGCCCCGAAGAAAGAGAAAGAGGUCGCUGAGAUAAAAGUAGAAGGUUCAGACAACCUGGAGAGCGUACAAGAGGAAGUAAAGCUGGAAGAGGAAAUAGUGGAGGAUCCAGAUGGACCUAGGAAGAGAGGUCGGCGGAAGAAAGAUGAUAAAACCCCACGGUUGCCAAAGAGAAGGAAGAAGCCCCCAGUGCAAUAUGUGCGCUGUGAAAUGGAAGGAUGUGGGACAGUUCUGGCUCAUCCUCGCUACCUGCAGCACCACAUAAAGUACCAGCACCUACUCAAGAAGAAGUACGUUUGUCCGCACCCUUCUUGUGGAAGACUUUUCCGCCUACAGAAGCAGCUACUGCGUCAUGCAAAGCACCACACAGACCAGAGGGACUACAUCUGUGAGUUCUGCGCUCGUGCCUUCAAGAGCUCCCACAACCUGGCUGUGCACCGCAUGAUACACACUGGAGAGAAGCCCCUGCAGUGUGAGAUCUGUGGCUUCACGUGUCGCCAGAAGGCGUCUCUCAACUGGCACAUGAAGAAGCAUGAUGCUGAUGCCACCUAUCAGUUCUCCUGCUCCAUUUGUGGCAAGAAGUUUGAGAAGAAGGACUGUGUGGUGGCUCACAAAGCCAAGAGUCACCCGGAGGUGCUAAUCGCUGAGGCUCUGGCAGCCAAUGCCGGCGCCCUCAUCACAACCCCUGCCUCCCUGCUGGAGCUGCCGGGAAACCCAAUACAGCCUGAGGUCACCAGCAUGGAUGUCGGCCAAGUUGGGCAGGAUGGCCAGGUGGACCAGCUGAGCCAGGAUGGGCAGGUUGGGCAGCAUGUGGCUCAGGUGUCCCAGAUGGGUCAUGUGACCCAACAAGUGAGUCACCAGGUGGUUUUACUGGGACAAGACCAGAGCCUCCAUACCAUGCAGGUACCAGUGACAAUUGCCUUGUCCCCUAUCGACCCCCCGUCGCCAGCUGACAACCAGCAGCAGACUCACCUGCAGCUCCAGAUGCCCGUCCAGUUUGUGCAGACUUCCCAGCAGCCACAGCAGCCCCAAAUCCAACAACUGACCCUCCAUUCCAGCUCAGUGGUGACCCAGCAUCAGCCCCAGCUCCAGCCUCUUCAGUCAUACUCUUCCCAGCAGCAGAACCAAGGACAGACACAAAUCCUACAGAUGACCUUCCAGCCUGUCAGCCAGUCUCAGACCCAUAUUCAGCAGAUCCCCAUUCUAGCAACCUCCCAGCAGCUUCAAAGCCUGCAGACAGCCGCCCCGAGUCCCCCUCUCCUGUCCACCUCCCAAUCCCAAUCCCAGGAUCCAGCCGCCACCAACGGGGACAGCUUUAUUCUGGACAAUGCGGUGCUCUCUUCGUCUACGUCAGCUGGCUCCCUCCAGCAGACAGAAGUUGUGGGGGAGGACAGUGUGGUCUGGGAGCAGACAGGACAGGGGGAAGUUCUAACAGAUGGCACUGAGAGACAUGUGCAGCAGGUCCUCAUGUAAAACAAUGAGGGUGCACACACAACAGAAGAUAGAGGCAGUUUAUGUCAUCAGUGACCUGAUAUACUGUAUUGCCAUGUUUGAGGUAAAUGUAGGAUCACCAAUAUAUUAUGUACUGUUCACUCAUUGUCAUAUUUGGUAGCUUUUUAGAAUAUCCGUAUCAGGGAAAGAUAUGUGUUUGUAUGUGUAUGUCGUUGCCUUUGUACAUAACAGUCCUGUAACUAGCUGUUUAUGAGUGUGUAUAUUGAUGAGGUUAUGUUGCAAAGCAAUUGCUCUUAUGCAAUAAUAUAGCAUACCUCUUAAUCAUACAGCACAUGACAUGCCUAAGGUGUGGCAUCAACAAAACUCUUUCUCUAAUAAAUCAACUUUAUUUAUACUAUGGAUUAAACACAAGUUAGAAAGCUAUAAACAUCCUUAAUAUGUGUGGGAUGUGUAAAUCAAUGGACAGCCAUUCCUUUAUGGUCCAGUUGUACUGUGAAAUCUUUAUUUGACAAGGUUAGAAGAAUAAACAAAAUGAUCUAAACUUAAAAAGAAAAUGGAGACAUUUCAAAUCUAGACAGACAGCAAGUACAGACAGGAAAAGCUGUUGUGCAUAUUUCAGAUUUUGGCAGUGUCAGACACAUUUUAAAUGGCAUUUGUGCAGCUGUUUGUUAAACUUUGCUGUUAGUAGACUUUAACUGAAUAAUAAUCUGUAUAGUGUCACGCUCACGAGUCCUCGGUCAUUUUAACCAGCCAAAAGGUGACCUUGGACAAUGCAAAUCACGUGUGAACCCAUAAGUAACAGCAAGCACAGUCACUGAUUUGUUAAUAACCUUUCCAGUGUAAUGUAAUUUGAUAAGCAAAGUUAUGUAGAAACCUUCUAAUGUGUCAGCACCUCUCUGAUCUCUCACAUAGGAUGUGUGCUAGAGCAACCACAAAAAAAAAAUGUCGAUUUAUAAGAUGUAAAUAAAUGUCUUAACAUUUAA